UAUGAGUCCUCGAGAUGAAUAUUGUAGUAUUUUUAUUCAAAGUUCUAGAUCUCUAAAUCUUAUAAAUAAUGAGAUUUAUAACUAACUAUACACUCCCUCGGCUUCCUCUAUUCUUCACGUCCACACCAGCAGGGGGUUUCCGGCAUUUGAGACAUUUGAUCAAGAUUGCUUUGCGUGUCCCCAUUAUUUUCUGCCUUUAUUAACCCCGUUACUGUAUUAUGCUUCUUCUUCUUCUGAGCCCACUCCCUCGUUAAUCCUCUCUGACUGUUUUGGCCUUGGGUUGAUCUUCUGGCUUGAGUCCCGGUGAACGCAAGCAGCUAUUUUUGGUGGUGUGACUGACUUUUCUGGCAUUCCUCUGGAUAAUUAACCCUCACCAUGUCUCCUCCCCCGACUUCUUCCCCUUCUUCUUCUUCCUCUUCCUCAUCAUCAUCAUCAUCUUCUUCUUCUUCUUCCUUUUCGUUCAUCGCAAAAUCUCGUCUCGCAUCCCUCUCCUCUCACAUCAUGGGUUCUACAGCCCCCUCCGUCUUUUCUACCUCUGUCGUUCCCGCCGCCCCAGAGGAUCCCCUCUUUGGUCUCGCGCAAGCUUAUCGACAAGAUUCCUCGGACAAGAAGGUGGAUUUGGUCAUUGGUGCCUAUCGCGAUGAUAAUGCGAAACCCUGGGUGCUUCCAGUGGUGAAGAAGGCUGAUGACCUCAUUCAUAACGAUCCCAAUCUUAAUCAUGAAUAUCUUCCCAUCAAAGGUCUCCAGGAUUACACCUCCGCCGCUCAGAAACUCAUGAUCGGUGCGGACAGCCCUGCCAUCCGGGAAAAUAGAGUGUGCACCUUUCAAACCAUCUCAGGCACCGGCGCUGUGCAUCUAGGUGCCCUCUUCCUCGCCAGAUUCCACCCGCACCGCCCAACCCUCUACCUCUCCAACCCAACUUGGGCCAACCACCACCAGAUCUUCACCAAUGUUGGCUUCUCCCUCGCCAACUACCCCUAUUUCUCCCCUAAAACCAAAGGCCUCGACUUCGAUGGCAUGCUCGAUGCCUUGCGCUCCGCGCCCGCAGGCUCUGUCAUCAUCCUCCACGCUUGCGCCCACAACCCCACGGGCGUGGACCUCACCCAAGACCAAUGGAAGGAAGUCGCCGCCCUUAUGCGCGACCGCAACCACUUCCCUUUCUUCGACUGCGCCUACCAGGGCUUUGCCUCUGGCGACCUAAGCCGCGACGCUUGGGCCAUCCGCUACUUUGUGGAGCAAGGCUUUGAGCUCUGCAUCGCCCAGUCCUUCGCUAAGAAUUUUGGUCUGUACGGAGAGCGCACGGGCGCCUUCCAUUUCGUCUCCGCUCCGGGCGUCGAGGCGGGCAAGGCCUCUCAGAACAUCUCCAGCCAGUUGGCGAUCUUGCAGCGGUCGGAGAUUUCCAACCCCCCAGCCUACGGUGCGCGCAUUGCCAGUCGCAUCCUCAAUGACCCCGAGCUCUUUGCACAGUGGGAAGAUGAUCUUCGAACGAUGAGCGGUCGUAUCGCGGAGAUGCGACGAGGUUUGCGCCAGCGCCUCGAGGCCAAAGGCACCCCCGGAACUUGGGACCACAUCACCAACCAGAUUGGCAUGUUUAGUUUCACGGGGUUAACAGAGGCCCAAGUCAAGGUAUUACGGGAUAAAUGGCAUGUUUACAUGACUAAGAACGGACGUAUCUCCAUGGCCGGCCUCAACACACAUAACCUAGAUUACUUUGCCGAAGCACUUGACAGUGUUGUCAGGGAGACAUUAUAAAUAAACUUUUUUAAUUUUUCUUGUAUUUCUUUUCGUGGGGUUUUGGCCAUACCAUACCAUACCAUACCUACCUACCUACCUACCUAUCUUUCUAUGAUAUCAUUUUCUUUUUCAUUUGGAUGUACAGUGCUGGGCCUGUAUCGAUGAUAGAAUGCUGCGUUACAUUAUUCAUUGAUGGUACAUAACUAUUUUCCCGCUGGGUUCCGGUUCUGAAUUGUAUACCUGGAAGAUACCUGUAGAGUAGAGCAGAAUCCAUUGGAUCAAGGGGAAUGAAUGAAUAAGGAUAAAUUCACACAAAACAAGCUUAAAACACCAAAUCCCAAACCACCAACCACGUAC